CAUGGAGCUGUUCCUGUUCCACUCCUUUCUGCUCCUGCUCCCCGGGGCAGCCCUGCUGCUCUACAGACACAAUCCCACCUUCCAGUACUUCUGCAAGGUGGCUUUCUUCAACCUCUGGAUCCUGGCCAUGGCCACCCUCCUGUCGCCUCUUGUAGCCUUUUGGGGACGCUCGGUGGAGAACAUGAAGCUCCUGCGUGCUGCCCUCCGGCCCCUCAAACACCUCUGUGGCAUCAGGAUGCAGGUGAGGGGCUCUGAGCACCUGGACAUCCAGGGGCCCUACGUGAUCGUUUGCAACCACCAAGCAUCCCUUGACCUCCUGGGAAUGGUGGAAUUCAUCCCUGACCGUUGUGUACCCAUUGCCAAGAGGGAGCUGCUGUACCUGGGCACCGUGGGCUGGGCCUGCUGGCUCAGUGGCAUCAUCUUCAUCGACAGGAACAGGAGGGACAAAGCCAUCCAGGUCAUGUCCCAGACUGCCAGGACCAUGUGGAGUGAAAAUCUCCGGGUGCUGAUUUUCCCUGAAGGCACCAGGAAUCAGGGCAGGUCCAUGCUGCCCUUCAAACGUGGGGCUUUCCACCUGGCUGUGCAGGCUCAGGUUCCCAUUGUCCCCGUUGUGUUCUCUCCAUACUGGGAUUUCUUCAGCUCCAAAGAAAAGAAAUUCACCUCGGGGACGUGCACCAUCCGAGUCCUCCCCAAGGUAGAAACCCAAGGCCUGAGCCCAAAGGAUGUCCCCAGACUGACAGACACUGUGCGCCAGGCCAUGGUUGAUGCCAUCGCUGAGAUGUCCCCAAGUUCCCCUGGGGAGCAGCAGGACAAGCAGCCCCCACUCCAGUGCUGGGCUGGUGCCGGGCAGGGCCCGGGCAGGCUGGAGCCUGAGGGGAACAUGGCCAGGACCAGAAAUUAAGCAGAGCCACUCGGGGACAUGGAGGAGGUGGCAGAGGCAGAGGUUGGGUCACCCUGUCCCCCUGUCCAGGCAGACCUGCCACGGCUUUGGCAAGGUGCAAGGGGGGGAAGCAGAGGGGAGGGGACCCUGAAACCCACGCAAGGUGUCCCCAGAGCCCCAUGGCUGUGACUGUGACCCCAUCAUGGGCCGGGUCAAGCAUGGGAGCAGCAAGAGGUCCAGGGGAGUUCACC